AUGUCAGAACCUCCCAUUAUUGUUGUAGAUGAUACCGACACAAAUCUAAUCACCUAUACUGGCUCCUGGGCCUCCACUAAUACCACUGAGUUUGACUUGUUGGGCCACUCCGGCAGGCCUUUCGAAGGCACAUUGCAUAGAACGUCGUCAAACGCCAGUUUGACAUUUACAUUCAACGGAACUUUUGUUGCUUUUUAUGGAACGCUCAAUGAAUCCUCUCCACUCCCGACCCCAGGAGUCCCAUCUGUGCAAUGCAUCAUUCUUCUUAAAAAUAUUUUCAUUACGACGGGCUUCAGUGAAGUCGGAAACAAUCAACAGUUCUGUAUACUAGACCGCCCACUAGAUGAUGAAGAACAUACAAUUAUCGUCAACAUCAUUUACCCGAUCAACAACGACCACAAUUCGUAUCCUCACUCAUUCUGGUUUGAUAUGAUCCAAUAUCGAGCCUUGACACCAACACAAGUAAAUAACUCCAGAGCCCUGAUACCUCCACCGGACCCUCGCAUGCGAUUCGGACCAGGAUGGACCCCUAGCUUUAAUGGACCGAUUCAAUUCAACUCCGGCGGAAACAGGACGAACGUCAAAAAUUCGACAUUUACUAUGCAGUUCAUAGGGACUUCUCUUUCGUGGUUUGGUUAUAUGGACCAGAGUAUUACCACAGAAGCUACAACAGCAUCGUACGCAAUAGACGACGAAACGCCUACCAUUUUCAACAUUAACGCAAGCAAUCCGGCGCUGAAGAUUCUUGACACCAACGUGUUGUUUUUUCAGACUCCAAAGUUUGCGUAUGGGCAUCAUACGCUUACGGUCAUAUACAACGGUGAUGUCGAAGAUAAUUCUACCCCUCUGACACUUAAUUACGUGGUCAUUCAAAACAGCUCCUCCAGCUCCACCGUUCCUUCAUUAGAUUCUCCGAGUACCUCCUCGACCUCACCCAACUCGUCAAACUCGCGGAAGGAUCUCGCACCCAUUAUAGGCGGGACGCUGGGAAGCCUUGCCUUUAUCGUUGCAUCUGUGGUGAUUCUAAUUCUUCGACGCCGGAAAAUUAGUUCUUCUAAAGCCAGCUAUAUCUCCAACAUUGACGGCUCAAUAUGCGAUGACGUUCCACCACCGCCAUCCCCCUUUUUAGUUACGACGGACGACAUCACUGGCAGCAAAGAGCUCAAUGACUCGUCAUCAGCGCGUGCAGCUCCAGAAACUGAACUCAGCCCGACUCCGACAGUAAUUGGCAACACUCAGCAACCUCGUAAAGCUAGAACUCGCUAUACAUACAAUCCAUCUGUAAUUACUACAGAACUGGGCGAAGAUUCUAGAGAAGCGACAAGAGCCAUUCACGUUGAAACGUUGGCCCAAUCCAAAACCGAGGAUGACAUCCCACCUAUGCUUCAGAGGCCCACUCUGUCGCCGAGCCGCAGCACAGUGCAAAGAACCUCCUUCGACGAACCUCAACACAAUUCUCCUGCUUCUAGAAUUGUGCUUAGAGACGAAGAUAGUGGGAUUAGAUUGUCUCACUCUACUGGAGGUGAUAUUGUAUUACUACCCCCCGAAUACACACUCUCUUGA